CACCGCCACCACCGCACCAGACCAGACCAAACCAAACCGCGCGAGCGAUUUUUGCGGCAAACCCCCUGCGAGAAACGUCGUCCGCAGAGCCACCCACCACGGGCAGGGCUAUAUAAGCCGGCCCCCCCAACUCGGCGUCGCUGCGCAAAACACCUCGCCUUUUGUACUCUUGCGUCUCUGCCCUCGCGUUAUCGCCUUCGUCACGCUCGCUCGCCUGGCUGGCUUGUGCCUUGCCUUGCUCGGCGUACGCGAACGCAGCGAGAGGGAGGAGCAAGGAAAUAGAGAGAGACAGAGAGAGAGAGAGAAAAAAUCAAGUCAUCCCCCUUUCCUCUGAGCUCGUUCCAUGGAGAACUCUUCUCACAAGCGGGCGCGGGAGGCGGGCGACCUCGUCGCCGGCGGCUGCGGAGAGGAGGGCUCGCCGCAGGCCGACGCCAAGAGGCUGCGGCCGCAGGACCUGCUCGACAUGCUGGAGGACGACACCGACGCGGCCGCGGCCGGCGACCUAGCGUCGGUCAUGCGGAGCCUGGAGGAGGAGAUAGCCAGCUUCGACGAGGCCGCGGAGGCGCCGGCGCCGGCGCCGGAGCUGGGCUUCCUGCUCGAGGCCUCGGACGACGAGCUGGGGCUGCCGCCCGCCUCCUCUUCGGAGGAGGAGGAGGCCGGGCGCGCGGGGGCGCCGUUCCCGCCCGCGCUCGACGGCCAGAUCUGGGGCUUCGAGGACGAGAUCGUGGACGGAGGCGGCUUCGGCGGCUACUCGCCGGAGGCCGCGGCCGCGGCCGCUGCCUCCGCCGCCGCCGCCGCGUGGGACGACGACGGCUUCGGCGCCGGCCUCUUCGCGUUCGGCGGCGACGACGCGUGUGGCCCGUCGGAUCUCGCGGCCCUGCGCCACGAGACCAUGCCCGCCGUCUGAUGGCCAUCCCCAGGGCCCAGGCAGCCGCAGCCAGUCGAUUAGCCUUCCUUUUUUUUAUUUUUACCUUUGUUGGCUAACCUUAGCGAGCGGGCACCCAUUUUUUUGACCUGGAUGUAAAGUUUUUAGAAGGGUGAAAAAACAGGGGGCGUGGAAAAAACUUGGGAGGAAGGUUCAGAGCAAGGGGAGAAGAAGAUCAAAAAAAAAAUCUGGAGAUGGAUUCUUCCUUCUUUUUUUGUCCCUGGAAUUUAUUUCUCGCUUCGGUAGAAAAAGCAAAUAAGCAAGCAAGUA